GAUAUUUCAGACAUUCUCAGGUAGUCGGUGUCCGACAACCAUUUCAAGAUGUUGGGCAUUUGGUGGUCUGCUGGAUGGAGUCCAUUUUCACUGGCCAUGACGGCCCUGGCCGGAUUGCUGGGCGGAUAUUAUUGGGUGUGGAGUCGUACCCGCUUUGUCCGCCUCAUCGACGCUCUGCCCGGACCGAAAACUCUUCCUUUGCUGGGCAACAUUCUUGAACUUGUGAAAUACACUUCUGAUAGGCGUUUGUACGUUGAUUGGAUCAAACGGAAUGGAUAUCUUUUCCGAAUAUGGAUCUGUUACUAUCCGGCGGUUCACAUCUCUCAUCACAAACUAUUGGAACCAAUUCUUUCCAAUCCAAAUCUCACAACUAAAACAAUGGAAUACAAAUUUAUUGUAUCUGAAAACUGCCUUGGUGCGUUGGCAGGUGACAAAUGGCGUCACCGUCGCCGAUUGCUGACUCCGGCGUUCCACUUUAAAAUUCUCGAUGGAUUCAUUUCUACCUUCAAUGAAAAGAGCAUGGCCUCCGCUGCCAAAAUGGAAGAAAUUCUAGGGCCAUCAGCUGGAAGCAAAGAAAUCGACGUCUUUCCGAUUAUGGUCAAGAUGACUUUCGAUGCUAUAUCUACGAAACUUCCAUGGGCAAGAAUACCUCUUCAAAUUAAUCGUCUCUAAAAAAAGUCACCCAAAAAUCUUUGAAAAUUGCAUUACAACGAACUAAAAAAUUAAAUUAAAUUAAAGUAUUCUCCCAGCCUAAAAAAAAAAAGAAAUAUUCAAAAGAAAUAAGGAAUGGUAAGAAAAAUUUAUAAAAUUAUUCCAGCACUGCAUGGCUCCUUCAAACAAGACCUUGAAAAGAAACUAAACCUUCUCGGCUUCUCUUGACAAGUACCCGAGGGAAGACAUUAUUAAUUUGCAUAAAUGAGAGUCUAAAUAAAAAUAGAAUUUAAUUUCUCAAUAUUUAAGGUGUUCAGUCGCCCAAUUUGAAAAGAGUUCAUUUGCUAACUUUUUUCUGCUAUUACGACUUUACUUCACCUUCUGAUAUGAUACGCAAAUAUAUUCGAAACGAUU